AUGUCCGCCGCCAGAUCCGUAUUCCGCUCCGCCGCAAGCCGAGCAUCCGCCGCCGCGUCAAGGUUCUCCACGGGACCCAAGCCUAUGCCGUCAUCGGCGCGGUCUGCGUUUCGGAUGCCUAAACAGAGCCCUCUUUCAAACCGCAUUUUCAGAUCUCCGGUGGAGCUGAGCUGUUGCGUGGAGACGAUGCUCCCAUACCACACGGCCACUGCUUCCGCUUUGCUCAAUUCAAUGCUCUCAGCUUCACGCCGUGGUUGGAUUGUUGAAGGUCUAGACGAGACUAGAUGA